AUGGCGCAAUCUAUUAGAUAUACUAAACUCCGCCCCUCCACAGUCAACGCCAGUCAAGCGGGUGCAGGGAACUUGGAGAUCAUCGUGUCCGUCAACGGCUGCAACGUGCCCAACUAUGUCCAGUCUGAAGGCAACGCCAAGUUCAAAGUCAACUUCAAGCCCCAGGAGGCGGCGCCGCACAGCCUCAGCGUGCGGUUCAACGGGGAGCCCGUUCCUGGUUCUCCUUUCACGUGCAAGGUGCUGGACUGGAGCCAGGUGCUGGUGUCGGGCCCGGGGCUCAAGGCGUGCGCCCUGGGCCGGCCCGCCAGCAUCACCGUGGACCCGCAGAAAGCCGGGAACGGGGCCGUACCUCCGGGCGGCGGGACGUGCUCCAUCAGCGUCCUGGCGCCCUCCGGCCGCACCCUGCCCUCCACCACCUCGCAGAGCCCCGACAACAAGUUCACGGCCACCUUCACCCCGGAGGAGGUGGGCCGCCACAGCCUGACGGUGGCGCUGGACGGCGAGCCCGUGCGCGGCAGCCCCUUCGCCUGCAACGUGUACGACGUCAACAAGAUCAAGGUGACGGGGCUCGGGCAGUGCAAGGUGGGCAAGCCCGCCACGUUCACGGUGGACGCGUGCUCGGCGGGCGAGGGCACGCUCGAGCUGGUCGUGAGCACGGAGCGCAGCACGGUGAAGGCGGAAGUGGUGGCGUGCUCGCGCGGCUUGUAUGACGUCACCUUCGUGCCGCACGAGCCGACGCCUCACUUCGUCAACAUCUCGUUCAACGAGGAGGACGUCCCAGGGAGCCCGUUCCGGUGCGAGGUGCUUGAGCUGGGCGCCAAGGAGAUGCGCGCGAUGCAGGCACAGCGCCGCGAGUCUAGGAUGGUGGGCGUCAAGGAGAGCGUCCGCGGUGCGCCCGCCCACUUCCAUGUCGACCCCAAGGGCCUGGAGGGCCACAUUGACAUGGAGGUCAUCGGUCCUGACGGUGCCGCAGUUCCCUGCACGGCAACUCGGCUCCCCUCGGGGCUGAUCCGCGUCGAGUACCGGCCGCAGCAGGUGGGCCUGCACACCGUGUCUGUGUACCACAAGCAGCAGCCGCUCACCAAGCAGCCGCUGCACGUGCAGGUGUUCGACCCGCAGCGGGUGCGCGUCCAGGACCUGAGCGACGCCUUCUGCCACCGCGCCGCCACCUUCAAGGUCGACACGAGCGGCGCGGGCACGGGCACGCUCACGGUCUCGGUGCGCGCGGCCGGCAUCGACGUGAAGCACUCGAUCCGCGAACUGCAUUCAGGGCAGUACGAGGUGGUCUUCCACCCGAAGUUGGCCAUACCCCACCGCAUCGACGUCAAGUACAACGGCAUGCACGUCGCCGGCUGCCCGCUGGAGGUGCCCGUCCAGAACCCGGCCGUGGGCCAGGACGUGAUGGCCACGGGGUUGGGGCUGUACCAGGCUCGCGCAGGCCGGGUGUCGUCCUUCGUCAUCGAGACACUCGGUCACCCGGCCAAGGAGUUCGACGUCGUCAUCACCGGGCCGCACUCCACGGCCGUGCCCGUGCGCUGCUACCAACAGAAGGACGGCAACCUCCUCGCCGAGUUCACGGCCACCUCCGCCGGCCUCUACAAGAUCGAGGUCUUCCACGGCUCGCGCGACGUGCGUGGCUCUCCGUACCACUGCCAGGUGUUUGAUGCCAGCAAGGUCAAGGUGGAGGCUGUGGGUACCGCAGGAGGUACGCCGCUUUCCCACGCAGUAUCCGUCAACGAGAAAAUCGCCUUCAAACUCCAGCGCAAACAGGCUGGCUUUGCGGAGCUGGACGUCAUGGUGACAAGUCCGCUGGGACAGGACCUCCCCCUCAAGGUGAACGCGUGCCCCGACGACAAGGACUGUGACCUCAUCGAGUUCGUGCCCAGCCUGCCGGGUAGCUACCGUUUCAACAUCACCUACGGCGGCGAAGAGAUCCCCGGCUCUCCCGUGACAUUCACAGUGGAGGAGGCCGGAGUGGCGCGCGCGCACGGGGAGGGUCUGGCCAGCGGCCGCGUCGGCAGCCAGGCGACCUUCAAGGUGUCCGGUGCCGGGCUGAUGGGCGAGCCUCAAGUGCAGAUAGACGGCCCUGAAGACGCGGUGGACUGCCGCGUCGAGCGCACCCCUGACGGAGACUUCCUGGUGACCUACACUCCGAACGAAGUGGGUGUCCACGACGUGCGCGUCGUGUGGGACGGGACGGACGUUUCCGGCUCGCCCUUCCACCCGCGCGUCGUGGACCCACGGAAGGUGCGCGUCAUCGGGGGCUGGGAGGCGCACUGCGACUCCCGCGGCCGCCUGGAGCUCGCCGCCCACGUCACCAAGAAGAUUAACUUGGACCUGGCGGAUGCCGGCCCCGGCCAGCUGACAGGCGAGUGCGUGGGGCCCAACGGACAGACUGUGCCCGUGGCCGUGGAGUCGGCGGGUGCGGGCGGCACACGCCAGCGGCUGCUGCUCACGCCUCGCGGCCCGGGCGAGCACAGGCUCACCGUGUUCUACGGAGGCGCGCCGCUGCCCAGGAUGCCGCUGGUUGGCGUGGCCGAGGCGGGCGGCGCCGGGGCCGGCCCUGUCAGGGUGGUGCUCACUGGGCGCGGACUGGCCGCGGCCAAGGCGCACCAGGAGGCCGAGUUCACCAUCGACGGGUCGCAAGCGGGACCAGGCUCCCCGGAGGUGUCAAUCACGGGCAUGAAGACGGAGGUCCCCGUGCAGCUGCACCCCAUGGGAAACAGCGUCUACCGCGCCACGUACACGCCCGCCGCGGCCGGCUCGUACCUGCUCAACGUCAUGUGGUCCGACCGCCAGGUCAAGGGCUGCCCGCUCAAGGUGCAGGUGACGGCCGUGGCGGACGCGUCGCGCGUGCUGUGCUCCGGGGACGGGCUGCGGGUCGGCACCGUCGGCAAGGAGAUCCGCUCCUUCAUCGACACACGGCGCGCCGGCCCCGGGGAGCUGACGGCGCACUGCGCGGGGCCGCACAAGGUGGCCUACUGCGAGCUGUACGACCACGGCGACGGCACCUUCACCCUCAACGUCAAGCCCCAGGAGGCUGGCAGACACGCGCUCACCGUCAAGUACGGAGGCGAGCAUGUGCCCGGCAGCCCCUACACCCUGCGCGUCAACGGCGCCCCGGACGCGAGCAAGGUCCGCGUGUACGGCCCCGGUGUAGAGCACGGCGUGCUCGCCACCUUCCAGUCCAGGUUCAUCUGCGACACACGCGGUGCCGGGGCCGGCCAGCUCACCGUGCGCAUCCGUGGACCGAAAGGAGCGUUCCGCGUGGAGAUGCAGCGCGGAAGCCAGAAGGACCGCACCAUCCUGUGCAAGUUCGACCCCACGGAGCCCGGUGACUACCGCGUCGAGGUGAAGUGGGCGGGCGACCACGUGCCCGGCUCUCCGUUUGCCGUCAUGAUCUUCGACACGCAGGAGGAGCUGAAUCGAUUCCUGCAGGGCAACCACUCCCCCGGCAGUCACUCGGAGCUGUACGGCAGCGUGGCCUACUCCACCAGCUACGCCAUGCUCAACACGGGCGCCUCCUGGAGAGGUUCCCAGGCCCAGCUGUGAAUGAGUGUGAGUGAGUAAAUGUGUGUGAGUGUGUGUGCGUUUGCGUGUGUGAGUGCGAGAGCGAAUGAGUAAACCAAGAAACCAGACCGCAGUACAAAAAGCCCAUACCGUCCAGGAACACGAAAUUUCAGCUGAUUCGGAGUAGUUUCCCACUGCGAGGCUAAUGUGCUUGACGCUUCACAAGCUGCUUGGCCAUUCCAAGAGAACGUUCAGAAUUAAUUUUGAGCUUAAACUGACUGGCUGGUUAUACAACCAAGCAGUUGAAUAAAAGAUCAAGGGUCCGGAGUAGCAUGAUUGAAGCUCAUUUUUCUACCCCCAUGCUGAAUGAAAAUGUAAAUGGAUACUGUGUUUUUCACGAAGAUGUAAAAGUUGCCAUAUUAUGAAGUAUUAUAAUGAAUUCGAAUUUUAGUCCCGAUUAAUGUAUUUGUAUAUGUGUAAAAGAAAAGAAGUCCUAAAAUGGGUAACUUUAUCUAGUAAAGGUGCUCAGUUUAGGAAUGAACAGAGAAGAUUGCUUGAGCUCCCUCUGCUUUUGUAGCCUAAUAAUUUUAUUAUAAAUAUGUUUGUGCAGUUCUAACCAUUUUAAAUCAGCUAACCAUAGAAUUUUAAAGGUAAGAUGCCAGAAAUGAUUGGACUCUAAAACCGACUGAGAUGAACUAUGAAUUUUGUAUGAACUUAAUGGACCAUUAAUUUUGAAAUUCAGUUUUAUUUUACCAUUUGAACAGAGGAGUGUAAAGCGAUUUACAAACUUAAAAAUUGACAAAUUUAGGAACGUUAUUUUCUGUUUUAAUUUAUACUUUAUUCUACAUGUUAUGAAAUAAAACGUUUAAAACCUA